GGCGGGUCCUCUGGCUGGUACAGUAGCAGAAUUGGCCAAUCGCCAGCGUGCAUCGCUGUCCAGGCUACAUGGUCUGCAGCUGCAAAGAUGUCCAUUCCGUGGCUGCAUUCACGUCUAUAGUGUUUAGUAACUGUAGCUGCACUCUCCGUGGGAAAACCAACCUUUUAGCAGUUUUUGGUAUUGCAAGCACCAUACAGGGAAGAAGGUCUGAUGUGAUAGACUGAGAGGAAUGGCAGGAGAAACUGUGGUCUGAUCAGGCAGGCUCUGUGUUAGAGGUUCACAUUGUGGGAAUAAUGUCGUACAGUCACAGAGAGCUGGUGGAGUUCUAUAUAAGCUACAAGUUGUCUCAGAGAAACUACUCAACCUCUCUGCUGAGGCCGGAAAACGCUGGUGGAAGGACUGAGGGAGACAGGACCAACCCAGCUACCACUAACGGCCUGCUGGGCAAUCCGGGAUGGGAGGGGGGCAGUGGCAUAGAGGCUGUAAAGGCUGCUCUUAGGGACUCUGCUGAUGAGUUUGAACUGCGCUUCACACAAGCAUUUAGUGACCUUUCCUCGCAGCUUGUCAUCACUCCUGACACAGCCUACAACAGCUUUAAAAGCGUGAUGGAUGAAGUGUUCAAAGAUGGAGUCAACUGGGGACGUAUUGUGGGCUUGUUUGCUUUUGGUGGUGCACUGUGUGUGGAAUGCGUCGAGAAGAAUAUGAGUGAGCUGGUGUCCCGCAUCGCAGACUGGAUGACCAUGUACCUGGAUGAGCACAUCAGUCCGUGGAUCCAGAACCAAGGAGGCUGGGACUGCUUUGCAGAGAUUUUUGGGCGAGAUAACGCUGCAGAAGUGCGAAGAUCUCAGGAGACCCUGAGGAGAUGGCUGCUAGUUGGAGUGGUGCUGCUAACAGGAGUGCUGGUUGGUGUGCUUGUCGCUAAGAAAUUGUGAAGAUGCUGCAUCUCUCUGACCAUGGCAAGCCCUGUGUAAUGCCACGCCAACAGAAACAAAACUAAAUAGUUAAUGUUUACAAAAAGCCCAGUUUGCUUGUGCACUGACAGAAUGUGGAUUGGCUUAACAGGGCUCCAGACUGCGAGUGAUCUGUCGCAUUUUGCAAACAAAUUUAUUUAAGGUGCGUCUGACUCUUUUCACAGGUUGCACUGGGUGCAACUGCAAAAUCAACAGGUUAUGCAAGAACCACUGCUCUCACAGACAACAAUUUUCAAGAUACUGACAUUGCAGUUUUUAUCUACAGGUCUGUCAUUCACCUGUGUCACAAAGCAGAGACUGCCAAUCUGUCAGAUGUGUCGAUCCACACUGACUCCGAGACACACGCAUCAUCCCUGGACCCCUUUUUUAUGCUUCAGGGCUAUUUUUUCCUUUGGCACAUUUGAAGUGUAAUCGCCACAGACAGCUGCUUAAAGACAGAUCACCUGUUAGCCAGUUUAUGUGUUGGAAACUUAAAUGAAUAAAUCCAUACAUAUAAACACUGCUAAUGAGCCUACUUGAAGAACUGUUUUUUUCCAGUGCUGUCCUCCUGCUGACAGACAGCUGUUCUGACGAGAGAUGAUGCACAGAGGUCAGAGUCGGUGUGGAUUGAACAGAUCAAGGUCACGCAUAUGCACCACUCGCAUCUAGCGAAGUCCCAUUUUGAAGUUAGUGGCUGAAACCCACUAUCAAGUCCUUCUUUAAGUAGUAAGCCACUAGUACGUUUAGCCCAAAACUGAACUGGCACUUAGCCAGGUGAGUGAGAGAGUUAAACUGUGCAUGAAAUCCAACAGACAUCGCCAAAGAGCAGAAAGUCUUCUUCAGAAGCAAAACAGGCUACAAAUAAGUCACGUCUACAAACAGCAAAGCAUGCACGCCAUUCAGCGGUUUACAUUUCAGUUGACAUAUGAUAGGCUAAUCAUCAUCGUCAUCAUUAUCAUCAUUUGUUGAUUGCUAGGCUGUAGAGCAGUACAGUGACUAUAUAAAAAGAAACUUGGAAGUGAUUUCCCCAUUUAUUGUGUUCCAUAAGUCUCCCUCUCUCUGAAUUUCAUUCUAAAUCCAGGGUAUGUGCAUUGGAGGUUAAGGUUAUUUAAAAUAAUUUGUGAAAAACAUAUAUAUAUAUACUUUUUUUUUCAUUAUGUUGUAAAACAGAGGUGGUGCCAUCUGAGAGACAUGGUGGCACCAGUAUGAAAUGUUAGUCUGGAGCCCUGCCUAAGCAGUUUGUGGGAGUAUCCAUAAUAUGUAGCUUGGUGAGCUGUUAUACUUCUCACUCUGCUUUGUCCAGUGUCUUUUAUUUUUUUAACACACAGCAGAGAGUUUCAUUUGUUAAGAGUGUUAACCCUCCAGGCUGGAAGUGCUUUAAAUGUACCUGAUAAGCUAAGAGACGGUGGAAGAGAUUAGCUAGUGUGAGACAGCUUUUUAGUUUUUCCUGUGAACAUUAUUCAAGGACCAAUUUUUAUUACUUACAAACUGACAGCCAACAGAAAAUAUAAGUUAUAUUUUCUUUUCACUGUGUAAUGCUCAGCUCCUUUGUUGGCUGUACUGGAGUUUAAAGCAUGCUUACAAAAUAAAUAUAUUUAUGUUUUUCUUGA